UCCUGACACAGUGGAAAAGUACAGCGCGGAAGUGAAAUAACUUCCAACCCUUUCAGAGCCAAAUUCUCUGGAUAACUGAAGAGUCCAGAGGAUCCUGCAGAAGCCGCAACUAAAACCUAGAGCUCAUACUGGUUUGAAAGAGGGCAUAUCCUGCACCUUGCUGUGAAGAAUACUGAUCGGUUUCCUGGAAGCAGCUCUGUGUGGGGAGGGGGCUAAGAGAGAUGGAGGGAGAGUUUGUGAAAGGAAACAGCGUGGACGGGUCCAAUCAGGAGAGCGUCUCCGGAAAGAAGACCCCGCUGUUGGACCGCGGCCAGUGGGGGAACAAGCUGGAGUUUCUGCUGGCAGUAGCGGGGACCCUGGUGGGCUUAGGAAACCUGUGGAGGUUCCCCUACUUGUGCUACAAAAACGGAGGAGGUGCAUUUCUCAUUCCGUACGUCCUGUUUCUGCUUGCGUGUGGCAUCCCGAUGUUCCUCCUUGAGACGGCAAUGGGACAAUACACAUCUCAGGGGUGCAUAACCUGCUGGAGGCACUUCUGUCCCCUGUUUGAAGGUAUCGGAUAUGCCACCCAGAUAGUGAUUGCAUAUGCUGCUGUGUCGUACAUUGUCAUCCAGGCAUGGGCUUUUCUCUACCUGUUCUCCUCCUUCAGUGCUGAGGUACCAUGGGCCAGUUGCAGGAACUCCUGGAACACAGAAUCUUGUGUUGAAUUUGAUAAGAAAAACUUGUCAUCCAACUGGACAGCAGCUGCAAAUGCAACAACACCUGCAACCGAGUUCUGGGAGAGAAGAGUUCUGGGCAUUACUCAGGGGAUUGAGGAAAUUGGUAGCUUAAGAUGGGAGCUGGUCUUGUGCCUAUUACUCGCAUGGAUUAUCUGCUACUUUUGUGUUUGGAAAGGAGUAAGAUCUACUGGAAAGGUAGUGUAUUUUACCGCCACGUUUCCCUAUGUGAUGUUAGUCGUUCUAUUGGCCCGUGGGCUCUCUCUACCCGGAGCGAUGGAUGGCUUAGCUUUCUACCUGUAUCCAGAUCCUACAAGGUUGGUGGACCCUCAAGUUUGGAUGGAUGCAGGUGCACAGGUUCUUUUUUCUUUUGGCAUUUGCCAGGGGAGUCUAACCGCUUUGGGAAGCUACAAUCAGUUUAACAAUGAUUGUUACAAGGACACAUUUGUUCUUUGUCUGGUGAACGGUGGAUCUAGCUUUGUGGCAGGGUUUGCUAUCUUUUCAGUUUUGGGCUUCAUGUCAUAUGAGCAAGGGCUGCCAAUAUCCCAGGUUGCUGCUUCAGGACCUGGCUUGGCAUUUAUUGCCUAUCCUCGUGCUGUAGCCAUGAUGCCCUUCCCUCAACUGUGGGCUGUUUGUUUCUUCAUCAUGGUUAUUUUGUUAGGUGCAGACACACAGUUUGUGAGCCUAGAGUGCUUGAUGACCUCAGUCACAGAUAUGUUUCCCUCCGUGUUUCGAAGAGCUUAUCGCAGAGAACUGCUGCUGCUUUGUCUUUGCACCAUUUGCUUCUUUCUUGGCCUCCUUCUCGUCACAGAGGGGGGAUUGUAUUUCCUGCAGCUCUUCGAUCACUAUGUUUGCAGUGGCAAUAAUCUUCUCCUACUUUCAGUGUGUCAGUCCAUAGCAAUGGGAUGGAUAUAUGGUGCAGAUCGUCUCUAUGAUAACAUUGAAGACAUGAUAGGUUACCGCCCGUGGCCUCUGAUGAAGAUUUGCUGGCAAUACAUAACUCCUUCUGUUUGUCUGGGUACAUUUAUCUUUUCUGUGGUGAGAUACCAGCCUCUGAAGUUUAAUAAAACCUAUCUCUACCCUACCUGGGCUUAUGCUCUGGGUUGGUUCCUUGGACUUUUCUGCGUUCUAAUGGUUCCAUUGUGGAUCAUCUUUAAAGUCACACAGAUGGAGGGGACGCUUUUACAGAGACUCCGGCAGCUUUGCCGCCCUGAAAAGAUGAACAGUAAGAUGAAGCAACCAGAGCGUUACCCUUUGAACCCAGACAAUGCUCUUACACCUGCUGUUAGCGAAUAUAAGGGAAGUUGUGCCGCUGAGAUGGAGAUUCAAGUGUGAAAAACUUUUUUUUUUUUCUAUUAUUUUAAAGCCAUUUUUUCAAGCUUUUUAUUUUAGAGUAAUUAUUUUUAAAGACAAAUUCAAUAUGAUGAUUACUUGCUGAUCAAUUCUGGUCUAAAACCAGCAUUUGAAGCAAUUUAAAGUGUCGUAAACGUAUGUACACAUAUGUUGUAGUGCUAAAGCUUAUUAAAGCUAUUUUCAUUAAAAAAGGCACUAAUUUCAUAUCCCCAUUUUCAUAAUGACCAUGUCUUGCUAAUUAUUAGCAUUUUCUACUAAGUGAUGCUGUUACACAAUGUUUAAUACUAUUCUAAAAACAUCAAAUGAAUAAACAAUUUAAAAGUGAAUAA